AUGGAGGAGGUAAUUCUCUCUAUCAUCGCACGCCAUGUUGGUGUUCCGAGGGCUUCCAUCACUCCUGACUCAAAUUUCAUCCAACUAGGUGGCAAUUCCAUUAUUGCACUUUCAACGGCAGCAGCAUGUCGCCAACAGCGAAUAGCUCUCACCGUUGGGGACAUUUUGUCUAGUGAAACGGUGUCUGGCAUUCUUCGAGCGGCAAAAUCCGCAUCAAGCCACUCUAGUGCCAAUGGCAUGCAAUCACCCGGGCUCAAUGAAACUUCAGCUUCGUCCUCAUCCUUCGAGAUGAUUACCAAGAACUCGAGUCAAGCGGAGCCUAGGGACAAAGGGCAGAUCCAGUUCACUUCGAGCCCCUACCAGCAAUACUCAGAAUGCAUUGCACAGACUGAGAUGCAGAUGCUACUCGUCUCGGGCGGUAAAAAGACCCCAGGAACCAAUGUCAUCAGCUACUACCAGCAGGUAGCUCCUGUGGAGAUUCCACGGUUGAAGCAGGCGUGGCAAGCAGUCAUUGAAGCUGAGCCCAUCUUCCACAUGGCGUUUAACGAGGACCGACUUGUUGAGAAAAGGUUUCUUGUGCUCUCCUGGUCAGAAACCAUUCUUCGUGAUGGAGAUGCAUACAAAAAGUUUAUUGAUGAGGCAGAAUCACCACCUAUGGUUACUCCCUCUACGGAAUUUUCCGUUGUAACCCUGAAUGAACCCCAGGGCCCACAAAAGAGCACAUUAAUCUGGCAUGUUCAUCAUGCUCUGGUUGAUGGAAUUUCCGGUGGCAUUCUUCUUGCCAGAGUCAAUGCAGUGCUGAAUGGGGGUGCUGUUCAACUAGGUCGGCCAUUUACCGACGUCUCGCGGGAGCUGGCCUGGUAUCAGGUUCACAAUGCACAUCGGGCAAAGUCUUUCUGGAAGACAUAUUUUAAGCCAUCUUCAGCCGAGGAGACCAUACUGUUACCUUCACCAGAGCUUGAAGGCAAUCGGAUACGAGGUGCGACGGGUUGUGUUACGGGGAACAUCCCUUUGAAAAAAGUGCAUAGCUGUUGCCGCACCCAAACCAUUUCCCCUGCGAUAGUUUACUAUGCUGCUUGGGCACUCUUGCUUAGUCAAUACACUGCGUGUGAUGAUAUUAUGUUUGGUGUCGUGUUGGCGAAUAGAGAUGUGCCGAUCGAUGGCAUACUGGAGACUGUUGGUCCUUUAAUGAACAUGUUACCCUUCUGUUUACAGAUCAAUCGGAGGCAUUGUGCGUCGGAAUUCCUACAAUCGGUGUCCCAUAACCUCAACACUCUCUCUGAGUAUCAGUGGAGCAAGGCCGAGCACGGGUUCAGCCGCAAUGUUUCAUCCGCAAUGGCCAUCCAAUUCGACUACGAAGCGGAUAAACCUCAAUCACCAGGCGGACCUUCUUCUUACACGAGAAUUCAAUCAGGGUUUCCAGUUGGCAUCUUUAUUGGUCCUAAACACAGGGUGCAAUUUAACUACAGCAAGGAUCGAUUCCACCAUAGAGAUAUAGGCCACAUAUGUGACGCCUUCCUCUCCACGGUCGAGGCACUUCUUAUCCCGAACCAGAAUCUAGCAUCGUGUAUCACCCAAGUGAUUGGUCCUUCUGUACUACAAACCCUCGCAAAGUUUGGGAACUGGCAAUCGGAGGAAACAAAGUCGCCUGGGAGCGAGACACUGGUCAGUUUGUUUACAGAGCAAUGUCGACGCUCACCGCAAAUUGUGGCUGUGACCAAGGGGUCAACAGCGAUGAGUUACUGCCAAAUAGACGAAUCUAGCACAAAGAUUGCUCAAGUCUUAUUGAGACAUAUCGCCCCAGGGGAUGUUGUGUGCGUGCAAGCUGAUCGCUCCAUCAACUGGAUUUUGGCCGCGUGGGGCGUAGUGAAAGCCCAAGGCGUUUACUGUCCAAUGGACCCCGAUUCUCCUCCUCCCCUCCGCAACUCGUUUAGCUCUAUAGCAAAUGCUCGUGUAUUUUUGGCUACGAGUGAGGCUUCCAAAAACUCCAAACCAUCUGAUUGUCAAAUAUGCUACUCAGUGGACGGGAUACUCGCCAUGUGGGUGCGAAAUAUUGGUUGGCAUAACAGUGUGCGACCCAAUGACAAUGCUUAUCUGUGUUUUACUAGUGGCUCUACUGGUCUCCCUAAAGGGGUGCUAUGCACUCACAUGGGGAUUGUGGCAUUUGAAAAAGACUAUGAGGGCCGAAUGAUGGUAAAGCCAGGCCGUAAGGUUGCCCAGGUGAUGUCUCCUGCAUUUGACGGCAGUAUUCACGAAAUAUUUGCCACUCUGUCAUAUGGUGGAACUUUAGUCAUGAACGAUUCAACGGACCCAUUUGACAAUUUGAAGCAUUCGGAUGUCGCUUUGUUGACGCCCUCUCUAGCUCGCAUGCUGGAUCCAAUCGAUUACCCAAAUCUGCGCGCAGUCUGGCUAGUAGGAGAGCCUUUAACACGAGAAAUCGCUGAUAGAUGGGCCUCUGCUCUUCCGACAUACAAUAUGUAUGGCCCGACCGAGACCAGUAUUGGGUCAGCCUACACCCGCAUACAUUUAGGGGAUGAAAUCACAAUUGGAAAGCCUACUCGAUGUGUCCGGAUAUAUAUCCUCGAUGAAGAUUGGAAUCUUAUCAUACCAGGGAUGAUUGGAGAUGUCUAUAUCGCUGGAAUACAGGUAUCUCGUGGUUAUGUGGGGCGUCCGGAUGAGACCGACGCCAGUUUCUUCACAGACAGCGUGUGCCCUGGCCCGGGGCAGAUGAUGUACAAAACGGGUGAUCGAGGAUACUGGACAACAGGUGGAGGAGUUGCGCUGCUUGGCCGAGCAGACAGACAGAUUAAACUGCGCGGUUUCCGAUUAGAUCUCAACGACCUAGAAAUUCGCAUAGUGCGAGGGUAUCCUUCGGCCACCGCAGUUGCACUUGCUCGUGUAAACGAUACGCUGGUUGCACUGGUCCAACCGGUGAAAGUUGACAUUGAUGACUUCCGAGCCAAACUGCGGAAUCUUUUGCCAUCAUACGCCAUUCCUAGUCUAGUGAGGGCUGUUCAUCAGUUCCCUUUGACGAGUAAUGGAAAGACAGACUACACGGCUAUUGUGAAAAGUUUCGCGUCUUGUUCAAACCAACGCACAUUGCCCGUGGUUUCAUCUUGUUUGCAAGAUGCUCGCAGCAAGAUCAUCGAUAUUUGGCGUACCGUCCUGAAACUUGACAUCAACCACCCCAUCGAUGGUGACGAUCAUUUUGUUCACAUGGGAGGUCACUCCCUCGAACAACUAGCAUUAGCAAGCCAUUUGUCUUCUACCUUUUCGAAGGAUAUUCACCCCCGUCAAGUCAUUGAUUCGCCCCGUCUCCGAGACCAAGUGGCCUUAUUCUCCUCCCAUACCGAGCGUGUUGCUGGUUGCGUCCUAAAUGGGGAUGCAGCCCACAGUUUGGCCCCAUUGGGAGAAAGCAAUAUAUCUCCGAUUGAAGCCGAGUGGUGGGAGAAGUACAAUUUGCGGAAAGGAUCAACAGCCUUUAAUAUAAACUUUGUCUGUCACCUCGGCGGAGGCGUUGAUCUGCUCAACUUGGUUGACGCAUGGAACACUGUCCUUGCACGACACGACAUUUUUCGGUCGCUUUAUUGCGCAAAUGGGGCGCAAUUAGUCCGAAUUAUGAGUAGUUCGUGUCCUAAAGUGUGUUACGCUUCGGUUAUUGACAUCCAAAAAACAAUCAAUUAUGACUUCAAUCUCUCAAAAGAUCUUCCCAUCCGGGUCUAUCUCUCUCUUGAUCUAUUGGUCUUGGUUGCUUCUCACAUCAUACUGGACCUAACAUCUCUACAAGCAGUCUUACGAGAGGUUGAACUAGUCGUUAAAGGCGGCCGCCUCCCACCUGUGACCAGAAGAUACAGUAGUACCACACGCUGGAAUCGGCCUGUUACUUCAGAAGACCUCGAGUUCUGGGACGCUUCUCUACGAGACCUACCUUUGCAUCCAAAUCCAACUCGCACCACCUUCCAUGGAACAUCUCGGGUGUAUAAGCUCUCCGAAGAGGUCAUGUCCAACAUAACAGAAUACAGUAUACGAUACGGAGUUACAUUUCAUCAGCUCUGUCUCGCCGCUAUUUCACUAUGCCUCCGCCAAGAUAGACCGUCAGAUCAACCAGUGGCACUAGGGGCACCGUUCCUCAACCGAGGAUUGGAUGAUAUUGAUGUAGUUGGUCUCUUUCUCGAGCCACUACCUGUCCGCAUCAAUGCUCCAUCUGAUGGGAGUGGAAUUGCCUAUGUACGCAAAACGCAACAAUCAAGCCGAGAUUCUCUCUCUCACGCCAUCCCAUGGCAUACUUUGUUAGAUCAUUUCGGCGUUCAUCCAGAUCAUCCAAAUCUACCUUUUAUGGAGGCAAUUGUAACAUUCCAUGAUUAUCGGGCGGUCCGGAUUUUUGACGUUCCCGGGGUAGCACCACUGAUGACCUGGUGUCAGGGCGCAAAGUUCAACUUGAUGAUGGAAUUUUGUGCUCAGAGAGAUGGUUCUCUUUUUCUACGCAUUGAAUAUGACAAUGUGAACUACGACGCGAGCAAGAUCGAUAAGGUUCAACAUUCCAUCAUGUUGGUGCUCAUGGGGUUAACUCGGGGUUUGGAUAUUGCGGGUAUUCAGACAGAGCUUGAGACUGUGUCCGAUGUGCCACCGUAUGUAGGUGAUCGGCAUUUUGGUAUGCAGAGUUUGGAUGUUUAG